CUUGCAGCCAGUGGCAGAAGCUGAUGGGUGGAACAAACAGGGCAUGAAAAGACUAACAUGACUAACGGAUCUUAAGAAUUGUGGCUCCUUCUCUGGAUCUCCAGGAAUGUAGGCACGGGCACCCCUCCGCAGCUCUCCGGCCAACCUCCUGCCUCAGACUGGAUCUGUUACUCACAAAGCAGAUCUCCUUCUGCUUUGCGGGCUGAGGAAGGCUAGGGAAGAACAUGGCCUGCAUUUUGAAGCGCAAGGCUAUUAUUGUGCUUGGUUUUGUAACCGCCUUUCUGCUCCUGAUCAUUGCCCGCCUUACAAACGAAGUCAGCUUUCCUCUGAUAUUCAGCUGCUUUGGACAAACAAGUGCCAAGUGGAUGCCAUUUUAUACACAACGGCAACCUCUGAGGACACACUAUGGAUAUAUGAAUGUGAGAACCCAAGAGCCUCUACAACUGGACUGUGACCUGUGUGCCAUCAUUUCAAAUUCAGGUCAGAUGUCUGAACAGAAAGUAGGAUUUGAAAUUGACCAGUCCUCCUGUAUCUGGAGGAUGAACAACGCUCCCACCAAGGGCUAUGAAGAAGAUGUUGGGAAACGGACCACAGUGAGAGUCGUCUCCCACACCAGUGUUCCCCUUCUGCUUAAGAAUCCCGAAUAUUUUUUCAAGGAAACCAACAGUACAGUUUAUGUCAUCUGGGGACCUUUUCGAAACAUGAGGAAGGAUGGCAGUGGCAUUGUGUACAACAUGCUGAAGAAGACAGUGGACAGCUACCCUGGGGCAAAAAUCUAUGUGACAACAGAGAAGCGCAUGAGUUACUGUGAUGAAGUAUUUAAGAAGGAAACAGGGAAAGAUAGAAUCCAGUCAGGAUCCUAUCUCAGUACUGGUUGGUUUACCUUAAUUCUGGCUAUGGAUGCUUGCUACAGAAUACAUGUCUACGGGAUGAUAAAUGACACCUACUGCAAGUCAGAAGGCUUUAGGAAAGUUCCUUAUCACUAUUAUGAGCCUGGAAGAGAUGAAUGUGAUGAGUACUUUCUGCAUGAAAAUGCACCCUAUGGAGGUCACAGGUUUAUCACAGAAAAAAAAGUGUUUGCUGACUGGGCUAAAAGGCGCACGAUAACAUUUACACAUCCUAACUGGACAUUGUCAUGAUGCUGGUUCUCACAGUCUUCUCUUAAGGAGCAUAAUUUUCCAUUCAAGGCAUGCCACAGUUUACAGUGAUAUUUUCAACUUAUUUGACUUCCACAACUUUAGUGGCAUGGAAGAAACAAGAUGGUCCCACCAUUUAACAAGUGGGGUGAAACUUAUCCAUCUAUGGAAGACAUACAAGAUGCUUAUUCUAUCUCUUAGGGUUGGGAUAGAAUAAUGCACUUUGUUUUUAAACUG